GGCGGUGGCCGGAUCCUGCCCCGGCUCCGGCGGGGCAAGGCUGGGGCUGUGCCCGGUGCGGAGUGAUGGCUGAGGGUGCCCAGGCCAAGCUCCUGGCUGGGGAGGGGCUGGGGACUGUCCCUGACAGCACCCAGGACACAGCGGGUGAAGGGCCACGGGCCGCCCCCAGCAGCGUGGACGAGCUGUACGAGCUGCUGGAGGAGCUGGGGAGAGGUCACUUUGGCGUGGUGAGGCGCUGCCGGGAGCUCAGCACCGGCACCUUCUACGCCGCCAAGCUGGUGCAGACGCGGCGGCGCCGGGGCAGCCGCCGGGGCACCCAGCGGGCACAGGCUGAGCGCGAGGUCGCCAUCCUCCGCACGCUCCAGCACCCCAACCUCAUGCAGCUCCACGACCUCUUCAGCAGCAGAGCCGAGAUGGUGCUCAUCCUGGAGCUGAUGAGUGGUGGGGAGCUCUUUGAUUACAUUGCUGAGAAGGAGAUGCUGUCGGAGGAGGAGGCCAUCGAGUUCCUGGGACAGAUCCUGCGUGGGGUGGAGUAUCUGCACGCCCGCCACAUCGCCCACUUCGACCUCAAGCCUGAGAACAUCAUGCUGCAGGAGAAGAAUGUCCCCAAGCCCCAGAUCAAGAUCAUUGACUUUGGGCUGGCCCAGCACCUGGAGGAUGGUGUCACCUUCAAGAGCCUCUGUGGGACCCCGCAGUACAUUGCUCCUGAAGUGAUCAACUACGAGCCGCUGAGCUCCGCAACUGACAUGUGGAGCAUCGGGGUCAUCACAUACAUCCUGCUCAGCGGCUUGUCCCCGUUUCAGGGUGACACAGAUGCUGAGACCCUCUCCAACGUGGUGGCCGGUGCCUACGAGUUCGAGGAGCGUUGCUUCAGCCAGACCUCCGACAUGGCCAAAGAUUUCAUCCGGCAGCUGCUGCUGAAGGAGCCGGGGCAGCGCAUGACGGCGGCGGAGUGCCUCGUCCACCCGUGGAUCAAGCCCCUGAGCCGGCAGCAGGCGGCCAACAGGAGCCGCUCGUCCAUCAACAUGAAAAACUUCCGCAAGUUCAACGCUCGGAGGAAGUGGAAGCUCUCCUACAACAUGGUGUCCGCCUGCAACCGGCUCUGUCGCAUGAGGCUGCUCUGUGGCCUGAGGAAGGAGGAUGAGGAGCUGCGCUGCUGCGAGAGCGAUCGGGAGGAGGAGAGCAGCCACCCCGUCACGCUGCUGCGCCGCCGGAGAAGCAGCUGCUCCUGAGCAUCCCUUCCCCCAAAAAAGGAGACGGGACCCCCUGGGAGUGCCCAGCCCAUGGGAGGAGCCUUGGGGGGGUCCCUCCAUCCCCCCCUCCCAGGGCCGGGAGCUCCGGUCAGCGCUUCCAGUCGCACGGUGCGGGGGGGUCAGUGGGGCAGCAGCCCCCGCCCCAGGUCGCUGCCCCACAGCCGCCCCCUCUCUUCUGUGACAAAUAAAUGUGUGUC